UUGACAGUCGUCAGCCAUUGUUGAACAAAACACCGCGGUCGGAACAAGUCAUCGUCGUUGAAAAAGAAAAGGAUUUCUCCCGUGAAAAUUGUGUAAAAUCAUCCCGGAACGAACGCGUAACGAUGGUCGCCCAAACUGCGGACCCGGCCCCGGCCGUCCAGGACGUGGAAAUGGAGAGCGCCGAGGACGUGGAGGCCGCCAAGAAAGAUGCGGAACUGUUGUCGGUGCAGGAGAUUCGUGAACACGCUCGCCAGAUUGACAAAGCCGUUUCGAGCAAGGAACCGAGAUUUAUUCUGCGUGUGCUGCGAUCGCUGCCGAACACCCGCCGGAAGUUGAGUCUGGUGGUGGUCCGUUCGCUGGCGGUGCAGCUGUAUCCGGCCGGGUCGGAGAGGGAGGGGAUUAUGGCUUACAUCGAGGAGUUCCCGGAGGGUACGCAGGAGCCGGAGUUGCCGCGGCCACGAGCUGCGAUUAAGAGUCCGCUGCCGGAGGUGGACGCGUACUUCCAUCUGUUGCUGCUGGUGAGACUGCUGGACAAGAACGAAUUGGCCAAGGCCUCGAAGUGCACGCAGGAUCUGAUGACGAAGAUUGUUGGCCAGAAUCGUCGCUCGCUGGAUUUGAUUGCGGCCAAGAGCUACUUCUAUCACUCGCGGGUGGCCGAGUUGAACGGGGAGUUGGAUAGCAUUCGUUCGUUCCUGCACUCCCGGCUGCGCACCGCAACUCUUCGUAACGAUUUCGAGGGCCAAGCCGUGCUGAUCAACUGCUUGUUGAGAAACUAUUUGCACUACUCGCUGUACGACCAGGCCGACAAGCUGGUCAACAAGUCGGUGUUCCCGGAGACGGCCAGCAACAACGAGUGGGCCCGUUUCCUGUACUAUCUGGGUCGCAUCAAGGGUGCCAAGUUGGACUACAGCGCUGCUCACAAGAACCUGGUCCAGGCAUUGCGCAAAGCCCCACAGCAGGCGGCCGUUGGAUUCCGUCAGACCGUCCAAAAGUUGGUCAUUGUCGUUGAACUCCUGCUCGGAGACAUCCCCGAGCGACAAAUCUUCCGCCAGGCCGCGCUGCGUCGUUCCCUCGGUCCUUAUUUCCAGCUGACCCAAGCCGUCCGCCUCGGAAACCUGCAACGCUUCGGAGAAGUUCUGGAGAACUUUGGCGACCAGUUCCGUCUGGAUCACACCUUCACGCUGAUCAUCCGUCUGCGCCACAACGUCAUCAAAACCGCAAUCCGGUCGAUUGGCCUGUCUUACAGCCGAAUCAGCCCGAAGGACAUUGCCCGCAAGCUCGGACUGGACUCGCACGAGGACGCCGAGUUCAUCGUGGCCAAAGCGAUCCGCGACGGAGUCAUCGAGGCCACCCUGGACCCCGAGAAGGGAUACAUGCGCAGCAAGGAAAGCACCGACAUCUACUCCACUCGCGAGCCCCAACUCGCGUUUCAUCAGCGCAUCAGCUUCUGUUUGGAUUUGCACAACCAAAGUGUGAAGGCGAUGCGCUACCCGCCCAAGUCGUACGGCAAGGAGCUGGAAAGUGCCGAAGAGCGGCGCGAACGCGAACAGCAGGAUCUGGAGCUUGCCAAGGAGAUGGCCGAGGAGGACGAUGAUGGCUUCUAAGCUGCGGGAGAGAGAAAGGAGGAGAGCAGGAGUGCUGAAUUUAGUAAUCAAAUCCAUUUAAACACCGCUGAGAACACACUUACUGUAAUUGCAAACCCUUUAUUAUUCUAAUAUUCUGAUGAACAAUAAAACUGAUUUGUCGUCGAAAA